UAAUAUUAUCUUAUAUAUCCGCGGUUCUGCUAGUCACACAAAGGAGUUCAAGAAUCUAGCAGGAAGAAUAAUUGCACUUGACAAUCGUACCAGAUGGAAUAGCUGGUAUCAGAUGCUUCUUGUGGCUAAUCAAAACGCGGGAUCAAUUGAUACCUACGCAAAGAAUCAUUUUGCUACACUACAAGCAGACUAUCUCUCUCCAAAGGACUGGAAACAACUUCAUAUAAUUAAGUCCUUCCUUCAACCAUUUUACCGAGCAACAUUGGAGACUCAGGGGAAUCGUGCAACAAUUGACUGCGUCCUCUUUACUAUGGAUAUUCUAAUUCAGUACUUUGAAAAUUAUCUUUUGAAUUUUAUUGCCGACAAGGAGUUCUCCUUAAGGAUUCAAAAAGGAUGGGACACAUUUGAUAAAUACUAUAGCAAAAUAGAUGAAUCCCCUCUUUACGCAGCUGCUCGUAUUCUUCAUCUAAAUCGUCGUACAAAAUAUAUUUGUGCUAAUUGGAAAACAAAAUGGCAAAAGCCCAUGUUGAAGAAAGUGAGAGAUCUCUGGAUAUCUCACUAG